CGGAGGACUGUGUGAUGGGGGGGCUGGCAGCUGUGCAUGUUUGCUUAUGUGUGUGCGCGUGAGAGAGCAGCAGCAGCAGGGGGAGCUUGGAAACUUCGCUGCGUUCAGCGGAGGGAGACGCUUGAGCAGGAGCUGAGGCGGCUGCCCACAGUCCUUCUGCGGUCGACAGAGGAGCAGCGGUCCGGAGCAGCGGCGGAACCAUUUCCGGCUCAACAUGGACGAUUUGGAUGCUUUGUUGGCGGACCUUGAGUCCACGACAUCCCACAUUUCCAAGCGUCCACUCUUCCUGUCUGACGAUCCCACCUACUCCAUCCCUGUUGGGGGUCAGACCCAACAAGACAUUUGCUCUCCACAAGUCCCACCCUCUCCCUCUGAGCAAGCCCUGAACGGACUGGAUGAAACCGAGUCCUUCAGCUCGGCUCAGAGAAGUCCCUGGUCUGGAGAAAGCAGCAGUCCAACCCCACUCACUGGUGAGGAGGAGCACGUGUACAGUUUCCCUAAUAAGCAGAAGAGUAGUGAGUCAGCUGUUGCCAUGAACUCAACUUUGGGCAGCAACCUGUCCGAGCUUGAUCGUCUCCUGUUGGAGCUCAAUGCUGUCCAGCAAAGCACCCCUGCCUUUCCCACAGAAGAAGAAGCAGCUCCACCACUGCCUGCCAGCAGUAUUAUCCACCACAUCCACGAGAAUGGAGUCUCUACUUCUGGCAAGGCGGGACCACAUAUUUUGGAGAAGCCGAAGCGCGGUGUUACAGCUCGGGGAAUAGAGGACGUACGACCAAGUGUGGAGAGCCUUCUAGAUGAGCUAGAAAGCUCUGUGCCAUCACCAACUCCCACACAUUUGGUGUUGUCAGAUGAACAAACAGAUGGACAAGAGGAAACACCAGCACAGCAACAAGCCAGAAUGUCUGCCUCCUCUGCCACACGAGAGCUGGAUGAGCUCAUGGCCUCCCUGUCUGACUUCAAAGUCCAAAGCAAUACCGGCUCUCAGUUGUCUAUAAAUCAGGAGGCACUAGACCCCUCACUUGUAGCUGUUUCACCAGUUGUCCAAACAGAAACCACCUCAUCUUUAUAUCCUAAUGCUGAUUCACUGGAUACUCUUAUACUUUCUAGUUACACUACUCCCACCUGUAUACCUCUUACACUGGAACUCCAUAUAGAUGAAGAUGGUAGUUCAGCCAAUACCACUUCAUCUGGUUCCACUGUAGUAACCGCAUCAUCCAAGUACUCCCAGAUCCAACAGAAAGGUGAUGGUGUGAGUGUGAACCCUGAUAACUCUCAUGUGGAAAACCUCAGUGUCUCCAGUAGUGAAGUAGAAAGCUCUAUGCAGACGUCAACCUCUAGGGUCAUUGCUAGUAAAGUCUCAAGUCCAGCUGGAAAGAGUCCACUUACUGUUCGUGGAAGUUCUAGUCCAGCUCCUGCUGCCUCGAGCUCCAGUCCAGAGGUAGUUUCCAAAAGUCCUAGUCCUGUUACUGUGUCUAAUUCUAGUCCUACUCUUAGAGCCGAGAGUCCUAGUCGACCUGAUCUUAAAUGCUCCAAUCUAAGUCAGUCUUCAAAGAGUCCGACUCCAAUUUCCAUUAGUCACGGUUCAGAAGCAGGUUCGAAGAAUCAAAGUCCAGUCCCAACAAGUACAGAGGUAGUGCCUAAGACUGUGAGUCCAGUCACAGUCCCAAGACUUUCAAGUCCAGUACCAAAAAGGGAAAGUCCUGUGACAAUCCCAAAUCUCUCUAGUUCAAUAACUGGCAAAAUGAGUGCUAGUCCCGAAAUGGCUCCCAAGAGUGCGAGUCCAGUGUCAGUUCAGAGAGUUUCAAGUCCUGUGACAAUCCCAUAUAUCGCCAGCUCACCAUCUGUACCCAAGACUUCUAGUCCUGAAACAAUUCAAAAGAAGGCUUCUCCAACAAUAUUGCCAAGACUUCGGAGUCCAGUUCCUGAGAGUCCUGUGUUAAACAUUAGAAAAACAUACACUCUUCCAGACACCAGAAGUCCUAGAACUUCACCUAUUUCACUUGCUGCAGUACAAUCAAAUAGUCUGUCUCCCCCAACCACAGCAAAACAUGCAGGUGAGGGUAUGUAUUUAACAUGGCCGUGCCAUGAGCCUUUAUCGGAUGAUGCUUUAGAUAAACUCCUAAUCUCUGACUAUCCCGAAUUGGGUGAGAACCAGCCACUGGCUUCCUUUAUGCCUGGAUACGAAGAUGGAUCAUGGGAGGGAGAAGAUGGGCUUUACCCAGAUCUGAGUCGAGAGGGAACCCUCACACCCAUGACUGAGUCCAGCUGGAUGGACGAGUGUGUCACCCCCUCCACCUGCCCCGGGACACCAGAUGCAACGUUGGACCUGCCCUCACAGCAGCCCUCCGCUGUGGAGAGGCUAUCUGCCUCUGGCCAACUCAAGUCAGUUAUCCGACGCACCAAAGAGAUUUCCAAUGUGCAUCCGAUGUUCAGGGAGGGACUGUUGCGGCGUAAAAUGGGACCAAUCAUUGUGAACAAAAGCAACUCGCAAGAUCGACUCAUUGAUGAGCUGCAGGGGAAACUGGGGAUAGGGCGAGUGGAGCGCCAGCGAAAACAACGACCCGAUGACUGGCUGGCGGAGGGAGUCAUUGUCAUGUCCAACCCCCAGCGAACACGUGAAGAUGGGGUCCGGCCAGCUGUGAAUAAGAUCCUCAUCCCUCCUGAACCAUCUGCCCCACAGAGAAAAGUCCUGCCCCCUCCGCAAUCACUCCCAGCACCAAAAAAGCCACCCCCUGUCAAGCAGACUCCUCCACCGCUACCUCCUCCCCCUCCAACCCCUCCUCCUCCUCGAGAACCCACCCCUCCAUCCCCCAAAGAGCCAACUCCUCCCCCUAGGGAACCCACGCCUCCCCCUGUCCUGCCCCCUGCCUCACCUAGCCCCCCUCCCAAGCCUGUCACGCCACCUCCGCCUUUCAAGGUCUUUGUAUCAGUGGGGUGUCAGACUGACUACGACCCAAUCUUCCCACCAUUGCAGAUCCAGUCCCAGGGAAAGACGUCUCCCACUGCGCUCCCUAAACCAGCCAACAAGCUGGACAACAUGCUGGGAAGCCUGCAGUCAGACCUCAAUAGACUAGGAGUCCAGACCGUGGCUAAGGGCGUAUGUGGAGCCUGCAAGAAACCCAUUGUUGGACAGGUGGUGACAGCCAUGGGCAGGACAUGGCACCCUGAGCACUUUGUGUGCACACACUGCCAGGACGAGAUCGGCUCCAGAAACUUCUUUGAGCGAGACGGGCAGCCAUACUGUGAGACAGACUACCAUAACCUGUUCUCACCGAGAUGCCACUACUGUAACAGACCCAUACUGGAUAAAGUUGUGACUGCUUUGGACAAGACCUGGCAUCCAGAACACUUUUUCUGUGCCCAGUGUGGAGCCUUUUUUGGACCAGAAGGUUUCCAUGAGAAGGAUGGAAAAGCCUUCUGCAGAAAGGACUACUUUGAUAUGUUUGCCCCUAAAUGUGGCGGCUGUGCCCGUGCCAUCCUGGAGAACUACAUCUCGGCACUCAACUCUCUCUGGCACCCUGAAUGCUUCGUCUGCAGGGAGUGCUUCACGCCUUUCAUAAACGGCAGCUUCUUUGACCACGACGGCCAGCCGUACUGCGAGGCGCACUACCACGAGCGCCGCGGCUCUCUGUGCUCUGGCUGCCAGAAGCCCAUCACCGGCCGCUGCAUCACCGCCAUGGGCAAGAAGUUCCACCCCGAGCACUUUGUGUGCGCUUUCUGCCUCAAGCAGCUCAACAAAGGCACCUUCAAGGAGCAGAACGACAAGCCCUACUGCCACGGCUGCUUUAUUAAACUCUUCAGUUAGGCUGUGGGUCUGUGUGUUAGCGUCUGCACACAUCUGUGCUCGUGUUUGAAUGCACAUGUUGAUUUGUUUGCCCUCGGGUCGGUGAAGUGUUUUUUAAGACAGAGGAUGGGUAACAUCAACUCAACACUGUGGGGAGUUUCCUGUCUGUCCAACCUCUCAGGUUUGGCAUUUCACACUUUUGCUAAAACAUUUUUAAGACAGCCCAAAGAGAUUUUUAUUUAGAGGUUUAUUCCUGUGUGCAGCAAUGAAAAUAUGCUUAUUUCCCUGUGUGUGUGGGUACAUAUAUAAACAUACGAGAUAAGCCGUAAAACUUCCUCAGAGCUGUGAUUUGUAAAUGAUUUUAUUCCCCCAUCGCAGGGAAAGACCUUGCACGAUAUGGUGGUUUUACAAUAUGCAGGUAUGAGACGGCUGCUUGACUGCAUGGACCACGGCGAGUUGACUUCAUCAGAUUUAACGUAUGUGGAGUGUUGAAUACCCAGUGCUUGGCCAAUGAGUGUUAAUAAUCUAUGAGAAAGAUGUAUUUUUCUACCUUUGGAACCUGUUGAUGUGCCAUUUAAAAAUAACCAUGUAAACACUCCAUAUGUACAGAACAUACACACAGGCAACUCAGUCCUCACUUCAUUCAAAUACCAGUCCAAACUCUUUGCACACUCCAACCACAGAUCUUUUGAUGAAACUAUCCUAAAGGUGCAUUUUACAAAUUGGUCUCAUCAGGAUGUUAUUUCUUAUUUUUCUACUGUUUUACUAUGAAAAAAAACCCAGCUGUGUUUUCAUUUUCGCACAUACACACGUGUGCUUUUGUAACUUCAUUGUUUCACAUCUGGAAGUGAAAUCAGUCAACCACACCACGUUGUUUUGUUUACUCCAGCAAAGACUGUGUUAUUUUCAUAAAUAUUGUCAAAUGAAAUUUGACCUUUACAGCUAGUGGUAACGAAAGGUGGAUCCAUGGGAAUAACAUCAUACUAUGGUUUCUUGAUUUUAAGAAGAGGGUAAAACAACGAUAUAUGGAAAGUGAAAAUUUGCUCUUCUCGAAAAAAAUCUUCAGUUUAACUUUUUCCCCUCGAUAUUUACUCUAUGCUACUCGUUAUUAAUAUCAAGGAUGUUUAAUGAUUUCAAAAGUGGUUGUGCAUUUGGCUUACAAGCAUGCUACUUUAUAUUUUGUGGAAUUUAAUCAGCACUAGCUGCCAGUUGCUGUUACAAUCAGAAUCAAAACUUAUAUACAGUGUGUUAGACGUGACUGAACUGUGUUUUGUCUCAAUUUCUGAUUAUUGGAAAAUGUAUGUAUUUCUGAGCUGUUCAGGCUGGUAUGCAAAGAGCUGGCUCUAUUGGUGAGAAGGGUAACAAGGUGUUAACCCUCCUCACACACAGACACACACACCAGUUGGAUUCAGGUGCGUCCCACUUCCAAGGAAACGCAGCCCUCAGUGUCUUUAUUUUGAGUCAUGAGUUAUGAUCCUGCUGAGCCAAUAUCAGUGCUCCGCUAACUGAUGGAAACUGGAUUUUGUGUGCUAGCUGGUUCAGGAAUCAGAAUACCCCACGGGCCGAGCCUUCAGCAAAAUUCAUGUAAUGACUAAUUUCAUCUUUAUUUAGCUUACAGCUCUUUUUUUGCCAUAUAUGAGAAGUGUUGCUUUUUAGAGAAUACUCCUUGUCUUGAAUUUUGAUCACUAGGUGUGUAAGGAGUUGAUACACAUUAUUUACGUUCAGGAGAUGUUUGUGUUCUUGUGCCAAAUGUGUCGAUGCAAUAAGGUCUUACACACUGGAGUUCUCUCUCCUGUGGUCAGACUAUUUUCUUGGGCUGAACUCUGGGAGAGGCUUCACCUGCUGUGGUGCAUCUUAACUCUCACUUUACACUGUAAUAGACAAACCAUGGAGAAGAUCCUCUGUGGUGUCAUGUAGCAGACUGAGAUUAACAGGUAGCAGGGGCUGUUUGAAAGACGUUUGCACCUUCAUUUAAAAACUGUGUAUGCCUAAGAAAAUGAAACAGGAAUCACCACGUGUAUAUUUAUCUUCUUACAGUAUAUUGCCUUAUAGUUUUCGCUUAUUUCAAAGAAUAAACAUUUAAAAAAUGAGCAUUUUACUGUCAAUGAGAUUAAGUGAACUUUUCUUUGUACAUGGAGUCAUUCAUGUGACCCUUUACCAUUUGAAUUUUCUCAUGAGCCACAAAUUGUUUAGGCUCUUCGUGUGGGUGGGUCCUGGUUUCUGACCGAUUGAUAUAACUGUUUCAAAUUAAAUAAAUACUUUAUUUCUGCCAUUG